GCGCCGAGCUCAGCCUUCACCAUGCGUCCCCGGGUGCGGGGGCCGCUGUGGCCGCUGCCCUGGGGUGCCCUGGCCUGGGCCGUGGGCUUCGUAGGCGCUGUCGGCUCGGGGAACCUCGCGCCUGCUGGGGUGUGCUGGCUCCGGCAGGGCCCCGAGGCCACCUGCAGCCUGGUGCUGAGGACAGACGUGAGCCAGGCUGAGUGUUGCGCUUCCAGCAACAUAGACGCUGCCUGGUCUAACUACACCCAACCUGAGAACAAGAUCAACCUCCUGGGCCUCCUGGGUCUCAUCCACUGUCUGCCAUGCAAAGAUUCCUGCGACGGCGUGGAGUGCGGCCCCGGCAAGGCCUGCCGUAUGCUGGGGGGCCGCCCACGCUGCGAGUGCGCGCCCGACUGUGCCGGGCUCCAGGAGCGCAAGGAGGUCUGCGGCUCUGACGGCGCCACCUACCGCGACGAGUGUGAGCUACGCGCUGCGCGCUGCCGCGGACACCCGGACCUGCGCGUCAUGUACAGAGGCCACUGCCAAAAGUCCUGCGAACGAGUGGAGUGCCCGCGGCCGCAGUCUUGCCUCGUAGACCAGACGGGCAGCGCGCACUGCGUGGUUUGUCGUGCGGCUCCCUGCCCCGUGCCCUCUAGUCGGGGCCAGGAGCUCUGCGGCAACAACAAUGUCACCUACAUCUCCUCGUGCCACCUGCGCCAGGCCACCUGCUUCCUGGGCCGCUCUAUUGGAGUGCGCCACGCGGGCAGCUGCAGAGAAGCCCCUACACAGGAGGCAGAGGAGAAGCAGCUGGAAGAGGCCGAGUCUGAGGAAGAGGAGGAGAACUUCGUGUGAGCUUCAGGGGACCCGGUCACGCCUCCCCCAGUUUAUUUAUUGUCACAUCUGCAGAGUCUAACUUAUGUCCCACAGACGUCCCCAACCUGGCCUGGGACCACAUGGGGGCCCCACAGUGCCCUGAUGACACGUCUUGGAAGGGUUGAAGGAAGGAGGCCUUGGAAGGCGUGGGGGGUGUGGCACCCUGGGUACCGAGCCUUGGGGUAGGAGACUUCUUCCCCAAGGACCCAGGCCUGCUACCAGGGGGCAUACCCGUUUCUGGACCUUUGAGUGUGGUUGUCAUAUAGUGACACCAUCCAGAGUGCAGGAAAGCUUUUUCAGUCCCUCUAAACGUCCCCUGGGCUGGCUCCCAUUUGUGCCUCCAGACAAAGCCCCUGGCUUGGGUGA